AUUUUACGACAAGACGUAUUUUGCUCUGUUUGACAAAACCGCUAGCUGAUACAAGCUAACUGGUGUUCGGUUUUUCUGCUUUUGUUUAAAUGUGUGUUUCGUAAUUUAACGAUAAUACGUUUUGCUGCACGAGAAUCUUUUGUACAGGACAUCUGCUCUGGUCUAGAAAAUGUUCCAUAAUAUAAGAAUUCUACUUUGAAGUGCAAAAGGAAAUGGAAGUGAGCCGAGGACUCGCGCGUCGGACAUGAGUGUGACAGGUAUUCAUCCUGUACCUGCACACGAAACUUCAGACCUGUCGCAUCCCGUAACGCCGCCAUGUCAUCGACCCAUGUGGCAUCGACUAAGUUGUGAUCUCACUCUGCGAGGGGCUCGUCCAGCCCACUCAUGCCCGUGAUCCCGAUCCCGAGGCGGGCGCGCUCCUUCCACGGCCCCCACAGUACGUGCAUGCACUCGGCCUGCGUUCCUGCACGCACUUCCCAGCUGCUGCGCACCAACUACAGCAACUUUGACCUGUACCUGAAGUCGCGCUGGACGUACGGCUUCGUACGCUUUGUCCUCUACUUCGGCUGCAGCCUGCUCACGUCGCUCCUGUGGGUGGCGCUCGCUACUCUGCUGUGUCUCGAAUAUGUGUGUGUGCGCGUCGUCCUGCGCCUCCAGUACAAACUCUCGGUCAUCCUGCUGCUCCUGGGACAUCGCAGGCUGGACUUCGGCAUUCUAAACGAGAUCUUCAUAUACAGCAUGCACAUCACCAUGUUCCUGGUGGGCGGACUCGGGUGGUGCUUCAUGGUGUUUGUGGAUAUGUAGACAGUGUAUAGUAACAUUUACGCACAGUUCAUCUAGUGCCAAAUGUAGUCGAUCAGCCAAGAUCUGAUUGGGACGUGAAGGUUUAGUUUUGAACUGUGGAUCUGCGGCAAACCCAAGAAACUCAGAACGAAAGUUUGUUUCACACAAAAAUAUAUCCAAGUUCCUCAUGAAUCUAAGUGUAAAUUAACUGUGGAUGUGAAUCUCAUGCUUACACUUCAUAUCGAUUCACUACUCAUCCAAUAUGAAUUGAUUCAUCGCAAAUACAGUAUGAUUCACUUCUGAUCAGAUAUGAUUCACUGUUGAUAUGAUUCACUUUAGCACUGAUUCAGAUUUAAUUCUUCAAAAGUUAAUGGGUGGGGCUUACAGUAGAUGGUGUCACGAGACUGGACAAGACGGCCACCACAUUUCAGCGUUCAGAUACACGGUGAUGUUUGGUUGUGUAACAGGAAGUCAGACUGUGUGUGUCACUUAGGAUCAGGAUGGAGUUAUGAGACUGUAGUUAUCUCCAGUGCAACACUGACGAGCGAAACAUCACACACGCACCAAAUGUCUUGGCUGAUCGAACUGGCAUGAAGUGUGUAAUUUUUAUAAACUAUUUCUUUAAACACUUUUAACACAACACUAACUAAUACUAAUGUGCCAACUGUUUACCGCAUGACAAACUCCGGACUGUUCCAAGCCUUGCUGACUGACUUCUGUUGGGGGAAAACGAUCGCCAACUCGUUCACAUUCCGUAUGAUUUCAGCAUGCUCCGGUGGUGAUGUCCUAGUCAAGGUGCAGUCUGUGUGUCUUCAUCGUUAACCUCAAAAGCAGUAAUUGUAGCUUUAAAGGAGAAGCUCAGCGAGGCUGAAUUCACUAAAACAAACUCGUCAAUUCGUUUAAAACAGGCCGUAGCUUGUCGAUGUCAUUUAAGAAACAUAAGGAUUUGGGAAAGAAUGUACGGAAAACAUCUCAGAUGCCUCGAGACGACCGGGUGAGAUUCAAGUCGGUCAAUUCAAAUAAAAACUCAAAUUUAGAUGUGUACUACAGACACUGAUUUUUGUGAUGGCUUGUUGCAGGGGCGCAGAAACACAAGUUAGUCAUUAGCAGGUCACAUGAUGUGGGUGGGAAUAAAAUCCCAAAGGUACACUGUAUAAUUACACGUAAUUACACGCCUCUGGUUAUAAUUAAUCCCAUCCUAUUAGGGCUUCCAUGAUUUUUUAGUUAUAUUAAUUGCAGCAGUUUAAAAAAAUGAGCGAUUGUCCCUCAGACCCUUUCUAUUCGUUAACUUAACAUAUGCAGUCGGGUCCAGCAGAGUGAGCUCACGUCAGCCCGUCACGUCGUCACACACUUCCUCUGACGAACACGUGAUCAGCCUCGUCGGUGUCUCUGCUGUUCUGCUGCGCCAUGUUCAUCUGUUCAUUCGUUUGUUCACCAAGUUCACUGGACCCUCAGGAACUGCAUUUUGUAAAAAAUAAAUUUAUUUAAAGCUUAAAA